AUGUUAUUUCCCAGUUAUAUGAGGAAGGGUCUGAUAGCCAUCGUUGUGGCAGGAAUAUUUCUUGCCGGCUCGGUAUCGGUAAAGGCUCAAUCAGUGGCUGAUAUAGUAACACCUGAGUUCUUUAAUGGGAUUUUGGAUCAGGCAGAAGCAAGUUGUGAAGGGAAGAACUUUUACUCAAGGGCUGCAUUUCUUGAGGCUUUCAAUUCUUUCCCUCAGUUUGGUACAGCUGAUGAUACUAGGCGUGAGGUUGCAGCUUUCUUUGCUCAUGUCACCCAUGAGACUGGACAUUUUUGCUACAUAAAUGAGAUAAAUGGUGCAACCAGCGAUUACUGUAAUGAGACCAAUACCCAGUAUCCAUGCAACCCUGACAAAGAUUACUAUGGCCGUGGACCAAUCCAACUAUCCUGGAAUUUCAACUAUGGACCAGCUGGGGAGAGCAUUGGUUUCGACGGCUUAAACUCGCCUGAAACUGUCGCCACAGACCCUGUUAUCUCGUUCAAGACAGCAUUGUGGCAUUGGGUUAACUUUGUUCAACCUGUCAUAGGUCAAGGCUUUGGGGCAACCAUUCGUGCCAUUAAUGGGGCUAUUGAAUGCAAUGGUGGAAGCCCUGAUAGCGUUCAGGAUCGGAUUAACUACUAUAUUCAAUAUUGUAAUCAGCUUGGCGUUGAUUCCGGGCCCUCUCUCACCUGCUAGAAUUUUACUUUUUAAUUUCUUGUUUUCGUUACUUUAAA